UUCCCUUCCGUAAACCCCAGCGGCAGGCAGCUAUUUUCGCAGUUUCUCGAUUGAGCAGCUUCGUGGUUAGAUCUCCCAAAUUUGAGCAGAAAUGAAGGUUAUUGCCGCUUAUUUGUUGCUUGUGUUGGGUGGCAACACCUCCCCUUCGGCUAAGGAUAUUAAGAAUCUCCUCUCGACAGUUGGAGCCGAAGCUGAUGAUGACAAGAUUGAGUUGCUUUUGUCUCAAGUCGAGGGCAAAGACAUCACUGAGUUAAUUGCUGCCGGAAGGGAAAGACUGGCCUCAGUGCCUGCCGGUGGUGGUGCAGUUGCUGUUGCAGCACCUUCCGGUGGAGCAGGCGGUGGUGCUGCAGCUGCUGCAGAUGAGCCGAAGAAGGAAGAGAAAGUUGAAGAGAAAGAAGAGUCCGACGAUGACAUGGGCUUCAGUCUGUUCGACUAAAAUGGCGAGCAAUCUAUGUGAAACCACUUUUCCCUCAUUCAUCACCUUAAGUUUAUUGUGUUAGAAGUAUUUUCGAAUGUUGCCCUUGUUUUUAGUUAAUAGUUUGAGAUCUGGAAUUUUUGUUACCUUGAGAAGAUGGAGACUUUGAAAAUAUAUGAUUGUGUUCUUGUUUUCUAA